AUGGGUCGUUUCUUCCCGAUUUUUCUGGUUUUCCUCCUUCUUCAAUUCUCCAUUGGUUACCCUGACAUGGAGAGUCAGAUGAUGAUGCAUCCCACUGAUUAUAUCUAUUUCACUGGACAACUCACCUGCAAACACCUCCAGACACCUACUAUUCAAGCGCUUGUAUUGUGGGAGCACAACAGCGUUUCUGCGCUCUUCCUCCCUUUCCAACAACUCAGCUUGGACCAGACAGUGCAUCCAUACAGAUACGACAUCAAGGCGAGAGCGUUUGGAGACGGUAUAUUAUCUACGGACUACGAGUUCUACCUCGACAUCAUUCAUAAUUGCUCUUACUUCAUUGAAUCCAGACAGCAGAAAAUUUGGUACCAACACUUCAAUACUGGAGAGAAUAUCACCUUUAACAUGGAUAUCAAACUUGAAUAA